AUGGGGACCGCCUACACAUGCUUCCAAUACAUGCUGGACCACCUAAAUGGUGUUUUUCCUGAUGACGAUGGCCAGCUAGAGCAUGCCAUCCAGAGCCUGCUCUACCGCUGUAAGUGCGUGUACAGUCCGGUCCACUUUUUGGCGUUCUUCUGCAACCCCUUCUACCCGGAGUUACGCCUAAAUUUGACGCUCUACCACGGGGCGCUCUUCUUCGAUCUUAACAUGGGCAACCCGCGGCUGCAGUGUUGCAUGACUCUCGAUCCGAUGGUUCGUCGGUACGAUGACCUGGACGGCGCUGAACUCCUUGGAAAGUUCCCCGUCUUCUGCGCGCAUCAGGAGGCCGAGUGUAAGGAGAAAGUCGCGAUAAGCAUGUAUUGGCAAGGUAUGAUCUCGUCUCAGAUCAGGGAGCGCUGGCCUAUGCUCACCUUAGUUCUCGGCCGCGUGUACUACGAACCGGGUUCAUCGGCUGGCGCUGACCGAUGA